GCUGUUCGAUAUUAUUCCAAAGCGGCUUCCUCAUAACUGCCACUGUGACGUUAUAUUUAGCACCCCUUUCUUAGCCGCUGUCCACAACGCUAUAGCGUAAUAAUUACUGGUUCAUUUCCUAGUUCCUUCUCUCCACUGUGAGUUAGCAAAUUUCUCUACCGUGUGUCAACUUUUCCACAAUUCCUUUCUUUCUUUUUUUUUUUGAAUAUUGCAGCGCCAUCUCCUGAGUAGCAUGAGAAAUGCGCCGCCGAGCCAGCCGCCCUUAUUGCCUCCAGAUGGCUGUAGGCGCAGGGACCUCCUGCGCGCAUUUUUUAUCCUGUUUCAUUGAUUACGCAUGGCGGCCAUGCGAAGCUGCAACCGGCUGCAACAUCAGCUCCCCCCGGCCUAUUUAGCAGCCGGCAGGCAGUCGGUGUAGACCCAUUUCUUCUUUGCGGCUUUGGGACGCGAGUGACAACCGCUCCGAGAGGCUGAGCAGAGAAGCACAACCUUUUUGGACUGCCAGUGUCGUCUGCAAAACGUCGUCCACUGCGCGUCGUCUGCUCUCGUUCGCCGCUCGCCCUGAGUGUAGCCGACGUUAAUAGUUCGUUUGUGUGAUCCGAGGAACAAAAAAAAGAACAGACGCGUGCGGCAUAAGGAAACAUGGGCGUCACAGUCGAUCCGGCAUUUCAAGGAGUCGGGAUGCAGCCCGGCCUGACAAUUUGGAGGAUCGAGAAGCUAGAAGUGAAGCCUGUCGACCCCAAGAUGUACGGAAGUUUCUACUCGGGAGACUCGUACAUUGUCCUCCACACGAAGCAAGCCAAGAGCGGCCGACUCGAGUGGAACAUCCACUUCUGGCUGGGACGAGACACAUCGCAGGACGAAUACACGGUCGCCGCCAUCAAGAGCGUGGAGCUGGACGACUCGCUGGGCGGCGCUCCCGUGCAGCACCGUGAGGUGCAGGACCACGAGUCGGACCUCUUCCUGUCGUACUUCAAGACCGGCAUCAGGUACCUCGAAGGCGGCAUUGAGUCCGGCCUGCAGAGCGUGGACAAGACGGUGCAGAAGCGGCUCUUCCAGGUCAAAGGGCGCCGCAAUAUCCGCGUGGGACAGGUGCCUCUGGAGGCCAGCUCGCUGAACCACGGUGACUGCUUCGUGCUCGACUGCCGCGACAACGUGUACGUCUUCGUGGGUCACCGAAGCGGUGGUCAUGAGCGGGUCAAGGCCAUACAGGUGGCCACGGGAAUACGCGACGAUGUCCACGGCGGCCGAAGCAAGAUCGGCAUACUCGACGAGCACAGCUGCGAGGCCGAGGUGAAUAAAUUCUUCGAGGAGCUCGGCUCCGGCUCGCCCGCGGACGUCAAGGAUGCCGCCGAGGGGGGCGACGACGUUGAACACGAACGCUCCAGCGACACCGAGGUCUCGCUCCACAGGAUUUCGGACGCCGAUGGUGAACUCAAAGUGGAAAAGGUCGGUGACAAACCGCUGGCUCAUACGCUCCUGGACCCCAACGACUGCUUCCUUCUGGACGGCGGCAUGUCCGGCGUCUUUGUCUGGGUCGGCAAAGGGGCGAGCACCAAGGAGCGCAAGGAGUCCAUGCUCCUGGCUCAGAAAUAUCUCAAAUACCGAGGCUACCCGGAAUGGUGCCAAGUGACGCGCGUCAUCUGCGGCGCCGAGCCGCCCAUUUUCAAGCAGUACUUCGCCUCCUGGAAGCAAGAGCAAAGCGCCAUCUUCGGCAGGAAGGGUGCGCUCAAUCGCAUCGCCGAGAUGGACAAGACAUUCAACGUGAGUGAAUUGCACCGCGAGAAACGGCGCCUCUUGACCAAGAACCUGGGCAACGCAUGCAGUUUCAUGCCUGACGACGGCUCUGGGUCAAUGGAGAUCUUUCGCGUGGAGAACUUCGAGCUGGCACCCGUAGACCCGGCAAUCUACGGUUUCUUUUUCGGCGGGGAUAGCUACGUCAUCAAGUACACCUACAAAAAGGGCUACAGCGAGCGCUACGUCAUCUACUUUUGGCAGGGAAACGAGAGCAGCCAAGACGAAAAGGCUGCCUCCGCGAUCUGGGCCGUGAAGAUGGACAAUGAUCUCUGUGGAAAGGCCAUUCAGGUGCGCGUGGUUCAGGGCCACGAGCCGGAGCACUUCCUGCGCAUGUUCAAGGGGCGCAUGAUCAUCUUCAGCGGAGGACACGCCAGCGGGUUCCGCAACCUCAGGGACCACGACACCUACGACGUCGACGGGACGCGCAUGUUCCACGUCAAGGGAACCUCGGACGUCGACGUCCGAGCAGUCCAGGCAAAUGAAGUGGCGGCGUCCUUGAAUUCCGAGGACGUCUUCGUGCUAGAGACACCGAAGACAACUUUCCUAUGGCUGGGAGAGUUCGCCGACCCGUCGGAGAUUGCCAUGGGCUACAAUGUGGCGAAGCUGGUUUCGCCAGAUAGGCAGGCGGUGGAGCUGAAAGAAGGAUCGGAGCCGGAAGAAUUCUGGAAGUCGAUCGGCGGCAAGGGCGAGUACAAGAAGGGACACCAGGAGGUGCACAACCCGCUGCUCGAACCCCGGCUGUUCAAGUGCUCCACGGCCACCGGAAGGCUGCGCGUCAUCGAGAUCUGCAACUUCACCCAGGAGGAUCUGGACGUGAACGACGUCAUGAUGUUGGACAGCGGCGAGGAAAUUUACAUCUGGAUCGGCAGAGGCUCCACUGAGGAGGAGCGGACCAAGUCGCUCGAGGUGGCCAUGGAGUACGUGAAGACGGACCCAACAGAGCGAGAUCCCAACAGCACUGCCAUCAUCACCGUAAACCAGGCGCAAGAGCCGGAUGCAUUCACGGCACUCUUCGACCACUGGGACGCCAACCUGUGGGAGGAGCACCACAGCCGACGCGUGGAGGUGAAAACGGAAGAAAACAUUCCCACCUACGAGGAGCUUAAGCGCCAAGUGACCCGACUCUGAGCCUCGGGUGCCGACGGAAGCCGCCGCCCGGAGCUUCGCCCAAGCGACGCCUUUCGCUGCACCUGUUGGGCAGCGAGAGACAAAGCUGUCCGUGCCCGCUCGGUGCCGAACGGUCCGCGUCGCUCACUCCUCCCUGCACUCUGCACUUUUCCCCCUUCUUUGUUUUUUUUCUUUUCUUUUUCUAUUCUUUUUUUCAGAGUCACAUCCGACAGGCGACUUUUGCCGUCCAAGAAGGCCGUUGCCCUUCGCACCGAGUCAGUGCUAUCGAGAAUGAGUACGUCCGCAGAUCCCACAACCACGUCAAAAGCCAGUUCGCUAACUUCUCGAAAUACUUGAAUUGUGAGCACAUGUUAAAGGGGACCAUAUGAUUCGCAGGUGAGCAUAAAUUAACAGGCUUCGCCAGUUGGUGUGCCUUGUCUAACAAACCCGGCGCCAAGUAAAGGCGACAACGUCUCCUAAAUACAUUAUAACAAAAUAAAGAAGACGAAUAAGAGCGUGCGGAGAGUUGCAGGUAGACAUAGCUAAACAGAAGUGAUGGCUUUCGUGUGGAAUUACCAGGAGUUUUCGAGGUGUAUAGGGCAGUGGCUCCUUCAGGCGUGGCCUCUGUAAUCGCCUGCACGCAGUAUUUUGGAGGCCAUUACUAAGGGUAAGAAAUUGGGCGCAAUUUCACAUGCAGCGCUGAUAUCGCCGCUGGUUCUUACCGGCAGUGCAAAACAACGCUUCCUCACGGUUCAAAUCGAGUCACUGCAGUUUUCGACCUCGCGCCUACUUGAUAAGCCACGGCUUGAAUUUUGAGUGCAGUUUUGUACUGAGCAUUGAAAAGCUUUUGUUUCGAGCAAAUUUUUAGUGUAAAGUAUAUUGUGUCCUUAACGCAUCCUGAGAGAAUGAACAGCGUGAGGUCUUCUUUUUUUUUUUUGUCCUGCGAAUCGAAGUGGGGCUGCGGACGUGUAGCGUACUUACGAAACCAUAUCUUUCUUUGCGCAAUGUGAUUGCCAGUCAAAUGCAACAGCCUAUAUUAUGUUACGUUUCCGAACAAAACAAAUCUCACCGCCUUUGCAAGCUCUGCCGCCGUCUUUCGCGUGCGCUAGUAUAUUUACCUUUGCGCUGUGUGUAUGAUGAAGAGCACUUUGAAUGAGCUGCGACGUUCUGUGUGGCAUUCUGCAAGAUACAUAAGCUCUUUUGAUGCACUUGUGUAUUAUUCAGAGUGCCGACGUAAAUUAUGUGACAAGCGCAAAUGUGUUAUUUUAGUAUGCUUUGUACUUUUUUUCAAUUUUUAUUAAGAAAUAAAGCAUUGAAUGUUA